AUGAACUACGAGCUGAAGAGAGUAAAGGACAACAUCGAGAGGUUCCACAUAAAUAUGGAAGGUUUACUUGUCGGAGAAACGGUUUUUGCUCGUUACAACAAUAAAAUGUAUCGAGUGGCUGGAAUCGACUACAGUAUGACCCCUGACUCGACAUUCACUAUGAAUAAUGGAUCAGAAACUACGCUGAAAAAUUAUUUUGAAAAGCAGUACAACCUAGUCAUCAGAGCUGCUCGUCAACCUGUGUUGGUAAGCGAAGGGAAGGUCAAGCAGCCAAAUGGUGCACCGCAGUAUGCAUACUUACUGCCAGAGUUGUGCUAUCCUACUGGUCUCACCGAUGCUAUGAGGAAAGACUUCAGACACAUGAGAGAGCUAUCAAGACACACUCGAUUAGAUCCGGAAAAAAGACGUCAAACGACCGAGAAGCUCUUGACAAUGAUACAUCAAGAAUGA